GCAGCGGCAUUAGCAGCAGGAGCAGGAGGUGGUGGUGGAGGAGAGCGGGUGGCGGCCAGCAUGGAAGAGCCGCUGCUGCUCUACGACUUCAGCGAGUCGGGGCAGGACGUUCGCGUCCGCUAUGAAUGCGGCGGUGGUGGCGGUGGUGUCACUGCGGGAGGUUCUGGUCGCGCCGCGUCUCCUUCGCCCGCCGCCUCCAGGCACGGGAGCCAGCUGAACGUGGGCACCGAUGCGGGGUUCGGACAGACGCCCUGCACCACCAGACAACAACAACAGCAACAGCAGCAGCAGCAGCGGCGUGACAGUAACCCAUUCACGGAGAUCGCCAUGAGCAGCUGUCGCUUCAACGGCGGCGUCAUGAAGCCGCUGAGCCACCUGAGCGCAUCGCGACGGAGCCUCCACGACGCAGACUCGGACUGCGCUUCGGCGUCGGGGACCAGCGCGGGCUCCCUGGCUGCGGGAACCACCGCAGCAGGAGGAGCAGCAGCAGCAGGGUCGGUGUCUGCAAGAGGAACCGAGGCUGCUGCUGCUGCUGCUGCUACUGCUGCUGCUACCACGGUGGCUUCCCGUGCCGAGCUCAGCUGUUCGGUGGUGCAACCGUGCGCGGUGUCGUCGGCUGCUACCGGUGGUGGUGGAGGAGGAGGUUCGCAGGCAGGAGCAGCAGCAGGAGGAGGUUCACAGGCAGCAGGAGGAGGAGGGCACAAGUCCAGCAAGAAGAAGCAUCAGAACGUCGGCUACAAGCUGGGACACCGGCGUGCGCUCUUCGAGAAGCGCAAGCGGCUGAGCGACUACGCGCUCAUCUUCGGCAUGUUCGGCAUCGUGGUGAUGGUGAUCGAGACGGAGUUGUCGUGGGCCGUCUACACCAAGGAGUCGCAUUAUUCUUUAGCUCUGAAAUGCCUUAUCACGUUAUCGACCAUCAUUCUGCUCGGAUUGGUCGUCGCGUACCACGCCAGGGAGAUCCAGCUCUUUAUUGUGGACAAUGGUGCAGACGACUGGAGAAUUGCGAUGACCUACCAGAGGAUCUUCAACAUUGGCCUGGAGCUCCUCAUAUGUGCCAUCCAUCCUAUCCCGGGAAACUACACGUUCAUGUGGACAGCCCGCUUGGCUUUCACCUACGUCUCGUCGGUGAAGGAGGCUGACGUGGACAUUGUGCUCUCCAUCCCCAUGUUCCUGCGCCUUUACCUGAUCGCACGCGUCAUGCUGCUGCACAGCAAGCUCUUCACCGAUGCGUCAUCGCGCAGCAUCGGAGCGUUAAACAAGAUCACCUUCAACACGCGUUUCGUGAUGAAGACGCUCAUGACAAUCUGCCCGGGCACUGUGUUGCUCGUCUUCAGCAUUUCCCUGUGGAUCAUUGCCGCUUGGACCGUGCGCGCAUGUGAAAGGUAUCAUGACCCCCAAGACAUAACGAGCAAUUUCCUGGCGGCCAUGUGGCUCAUCUCGAUUACGUUCCUCACCAUCGGCUAUGGAGACAUGGUGCCGCACACCUACUGCGGACGGGGCGUCUGUCUGCUCACGGGCAUUAUGGGUGCAGGAUGCACCGCUCUGGUGGUGGCUGUGGUUGCCCGCAAGCUGGAGCUGACCAAGGCUGAGAAACAUGUUCACAAUUUCAUGAUGGACACGCAACUUACAAAGAGGGUGAAAAAUGCAGCAGCAAAUGUGCUCAGGGAGACUUGGCUUAUUUACAAGCACACCAAACUCGUCCGGAAGAUUGACCACUCCCGGGUCCGCAAGCAUCAGCGCAAAUUCCUUCAGGCCAUUUAUCAGCUGCGGAGUGUAAAGAUGGAGCAGAGGAAACUCACAGAUCAAGCGAACACACUUGUGGACUUGGCGAAGACGCAGAAUGUGAUGUACGAUCUCGUAUCGGAUCUCAACGAGAGGAACGAGGAGUUCGAGAAGCGUCUGGCUACCAUGGAGAGCAAGCUCGAAGUCAUGGCAGACUGCAUCACCUCGCUGCCCGCGCGUAUUGCACAGACGAUGAUCCAACACAUGGCUACGGGCCAAGAUGCGCCCCUGGCUUUGCAGCAGUGCGAAAUCGCCCCGGGACAGCUCGGUUUGGACGGAACAUCGCAGUACGUCAGGGAACCCCACUUCAGCCUGGAAAGGCAGAUGCACUUGCCCAGCCCAUCGCAGCACAGUUUUGACUGCGGUCUAUUGCACGUGAGCAGCUCGAUGUCUCUCCACAGCACAUCCGGCGGCCCGCUCACCAGCAGUACAUCGCUACAUCAUAGCACAGAGGCAGGUGGCCUCAUACAAAACGGAGUUGGACGGCCCCAGCGGUCGCUGAGCCCCACCCUGAGCAGCACUUCUCGGAACCAAUCCACUUCUCCAGCCCGACACCGCCGAUCAGCCACGAGUGGACUUCAUGCGCACCAAAGCAUGUGACGUGGCAGGGAUGCGAACGGCUUCCCAUUCAGUUGCCUUAGCAAAGUAUUUUAUAGAGCGCCGUCUUAAUUUGUUUUCUUUAUUGCUUCCUCAAUCUGGCUUUGCUCGUAAUUGGAUUGAUGUAGGAGCGCGUAUGUGUUUGCUGGGCUUUCUCAAACAGUGUAGAGUGGGUGCUGGCUGGGAUUUAACUCAGGUGUAUGCCUCCCGCAGCUCUAAUUGAAACAAAAACAAACCCUUAUCACGGCAAAUAUCUAGCGGCUAAAACAUUAUUUAGUAUUUUGCACAUUAUGAUAAAAUACAGUGAAAGCACAAAUUUGUUCAUUGCUUCCGUUUGCCCUAAUCCAAAGAUGUCUAUCAAUAUUGUAUUGCGCUACUAUUUAUUUUACUGCAGUAAUGUUUGUCUUCGUGUGGGGUUCUCCAACCAAUGCUAUAUCCUAAGCACCCCCUCCAAAAAAGGAUCACAGUCCGUGACACAGGGUUGGCAAAUAAUCAACCUUUUUAUUUUUCGAUUUAAAGCUUUCGUGACUGCAGGGAUUCAUAUUCUUGGUUCAUAUUUUAUUAUUUCCCUUCUACGUGACUUUACCGAAAGAACCAAGAAUAUGAAUCAACCUUUUGGCAUAGGAAGGAAUGGGUUUAGUAGUGGGAGGGUAUCCUCUUGCUAUACAAGCUGGAAAAGUAUGCGUCGUGUACCCAUGACUCUAACGAUCUUUGCCAACUCUAUGCCAAUGAAUGUGCAGCCUUGAAAGUUGAGCGUGGAGCUGGAGAAAGAAAUACGUGUUCAUCGUGCAUUCACUGGCAUUGUUCAUAUUUGUUUACAUUGCGACUGACGAUUUCUUACUUUAGGAUGAUGAUUAUUUAACAUUUUCAAGCAUUCCACAUCUGAUGUUAAUGGGGUUUUGCUUUCUUAGAAAAAACCAUAAAACAAUAAGUGUUGUUUUAAUUGUGUUAAGAGAGUGCCUCACAUUUUAAUUCGCCUUUUCUCAUGCCCUUCCUAUGCAAGUCCAACAGCUCCAACUCGAGUGUAUACUAAUCAAAUUGGAAAGAGAUGUUUUUGAGAACCCACAAUAUGUAGUCAUACCUGAGAAAAAUGGGUGAUCGAAAGUGUCCCAGUGCUGUGAAAACAAAUACAUUGGUUAGCUUCCAGUGAAAUCAAUGGUUUACAGUAUAUUUACAUUGGCUAUUAAAUGUAAUAUUUACGAUGUAUUGUUUGCUAAUGUAAUUUUGUUAAUUAUAUAAAUCAUGCAUAUAUCUAUAUAUAAUGUAAGAUGGAAUUAAACAUUUAUAUAAUUUUAUAUUGCCUCUUUUUUUUAAAAU